GAGGAACUAAAUUCUAUCCAAAUUUAGAAGUAUCCUUUUCAUAUAAAUUGAUUAAGCAAACCUUGUUCAAGAAAAUCCUUAAUCAUAGAAUUAGAGAAAUGGGUUCUGCAACACUCCAAAUUUUGUUAUAAAAGGAGAAUUCUUUGACAAUUUUACAAUAGAAAAAAUUCUUUGGGUUGAAGAUUUUUAACAAUUACAAUGUCCAACUCCAAGGGCAGCUUGUUCUUGCUCUCAAUUCUGUUGUUUUCUUCAUGGAUUUUCUCUGUUAUGGCCACUGUCACCUAUGAUCAUAAAGCUAUUGUAAUCAAUGGCCAAAGAAGAAUUCUUAUUUCUGGUUCUAUUCACUAUCCAAGGAGCACUCCUGAGAUGUGGCCAGGACUCAUUCAGAAAGCUAAAGAUGGAGGUUUAGAUAUGAUCCAAACUUAUGUUUUCUGGAAUGGACAUGAGCCUACUCAGGGACAAUACUAUUUUGAGGGGAGAUAUGAUCUUGUCAAGUUUAUCAAGCUAGUACAACAAGCAGGACUUUAUGUUCAUCUACGAAUUGGACCCUAUGUUUGUGCUGAAUGGAACUUCGGAGGAUUUCCUAUGUGGCUAAAAUAUAUUCCUGGUAUUGAAUUUAGAACAGACAAUGGUCCAUUCAAGACUGAAAUGCAAAAAUUCACCACAAAGAUUGUCGACCUUAUGAAGACAGAAAAGUUAUUCGAACCUCAAGGGGGUCCAAUAAUUCUCUCACAGAUAGAAAAUGAAUAUGGACCAGUGGAAUGGGAGAUUGGUGCACCAGGCAAAGCAUAUACAAAAUGGGCAGCUGAAAUGGCAGUAGGUCUUAAUACAGGAGUCCCUUGGAUUAUGUGCAAACAAGAGGAUGCCCCUGAUCCAACUAUUGAUACGUGCAAUGGAUUCUACUGUGAAGGAUACAAACCUAAUAACUACAAUAAACCAAAAAUGUGGACUGAAAAUUGGACUGGUUGGUAUACAGAGUUUGGUGGUUCAGUUCCUUACAGGCCAGCAGAAGAUACAGCAUUUUCAGUCGCAAGGUUUAUAGCAAAUAGUGGUUCAUUUGUAAAUUAUUAUAUGUACCAUGGAGGAACAAAUUUUGGCAGAACUGCUGGCCUUUUCAUGGCUAGUAGCUAUGAUUAUGAUGCUCCUCUUGAUGAAUAUGGACUACCACAUGAUCCAAAAUGGGGACACUUGAGAGAUCUGCAUAGAGCCAUCAAGCAAAGUGAAGCUGCUUUAGUCUCUGGAGAUCCUACAGUAAUAUCACUCGGGAAAAAUCAAGAUGCUCAUGUGUUUCAAUCAAAGACUGCUUGUGCAUCCUUUCUAGCAAACUAUGACACACAAUAUUCUGUGAAAGUGAUCUUCUGGAAUAAGGAAUAUUGGCUACCACCUUGGUCUAUCAGUAUCCUUCCUGACUGCAAAACUGUAGUUCAUAACACUGCAAGGAUUGGUGCCCAAGGCACCCAAAUGUGGAUGAUGCCUGCCAUUAAUGGAUUUUCUUGGCAAUCACACAAUGAUGAGGUUACUGUUAGUGAUUCUGCUGGUACAUUUACCCAUGAUGGAUUAUGGGAGCAAAAAUUCAUCACUUCUGAUAAAACAGACUAUUUGUGGUACAUGAUCGAUGUAAAUAUAGAUGCUAAUGAAGGAUUCUUGAAGAAUGGACAAAACCCUCUUCUUUCAGUUGAUUCGGCUGGCCAUGUUUUGCAUGUUUUCAUCAAUGGUCAAUUAGCAGGAUCUGUAUGGGGGACCUUAGAGACUCCUAAGGUAACAUUUAGCCAGAAUGUGAAGUUGAAUGCUGGUAUUAAUAAGAUUUCUUUGCUAAGUGCUACUGUGGGUCUUGCGAAUGUUGGUACGCGUUAUGAUACAUGGAAUGCUGGGGUUCUAGGUCCAGUCACCUUGAAGGGUCUAAAUCAGGGAUUGUUGGACCUGUCAAAGUGGAAAUGGUCUUACAAGAUUGGCAUGAGAGGUGAAGAUUUAGGCCUUUUUGGGUCAACUGUAACUUCACCAGUAAAUUGGGUCCAAGGACCACAAAUGGCUAAAAAACAACCACUAACAUGGUACAAGACUACCUUUGAUGCACCACCAGGCAAUGACCCAUUAGCUUUAGAGAUGACUAGCAUGGGAAAAGGUCAAGUAUGGAUAAAUGGUCAGAGUAUAGGUCGUCACUGGCCUGCAUAUAAAGCUCGUGGUAGCUGCAGUGAUUGUAAUUAUGCAGGAACUUAUACUGAUCAGAAAUGCAGAAGUAAAUGUGGAGAGGCCUCUCAAAAUUGGUAUCAUGUUCCUCGAUCAUGGCUCAACCCCAAAGGGAAUCUAUUAGUUGUGUUUGAAGAAGUGGGUGGUGAUCCUACUGGAAUUUCUUUGGCAAAGAGAGUUGUGGAAAGCGUUUGUGCUGAUAUAUAUGAUGACCAGCCGGAAAUGCUAAACUGGAAAGAGAUGGUCCCUGUUAAACCCAAAGCUCAUCUGUGGUGUCCCACAGGACAGACCAUGACUAACAUUACCUUUGCUAGUUAUGGAGGGCCUCUAGGGAGAUGUGGAUCUUACCAGCAGGGGAAGUGUCAUUCCCAGAAGUCAUGGGAUCCUUUCCAAGCCAACUGUAUUGGGAAGCCGUCAUGUGACAUAGUUGUAGCUCCUGAAACUUUUGGUGGGGAUCCAUGUCCAGGAAGUACAAAGAAGCUUUCAGUUCAAGUUGUGUGCAGCUGAAAUCCUGAAAAUUCAUAUGAAUCAAGGCAUCCAAGAAUUCCAAGGUCAUUGAUUUCUCUAAAAAAUGUGAAAAGGACAGAAACACAAAUGUGGAUUCUGAAGUGGUUGUAAUAAAAAAGAUUUAUGAAACAACAGAAAUUGUUCUC